UAGACAAUUUGCAAGGGCAAACGGUCUCAUGAACAAGAAACUUGGUGUGAUUAUCAGAGAUGAAAGACAAAGAUCAUGGAAUUUACGGCUUGCUACCUAUGGUUUAAAUGUUCAUAUAUACAAUGGAUGGGAUGAAUUCUGUGUUGUGAAUAACUUAAAGGAGGGAGAUUAUAUGACGUUUGAGGUUGUUGCUAAUGGAGAAAAACCCAUAUGGAAAUUUCGCUUAAUAAAGGAUCUUAGGCAUAAGGCGCUAGACCUGACUACUCCGAUAUCACAAAUACCAGCUUCAACAUCUGCUGAUGCCAACCCGCAUUUUAUAUCCACUAUCAAGCAUUACACCUUCACAAAAGCUAUUUUGGUAAGAGUGGUGUGAACAAAUUCAGUAUUGAUCUAUAUAUUGGGAU